ACUUCAAAUUCCCAUACUACAGUAUGAGAGUCCUUUAGUAUCCCGUAUAUUGAACUUUCAACAGUACCAUGAUAUGAAGUAAUAAAAGAAAGAAUAAUCUAACAGAUAACCUAUCCUUUCCACAUAUUUCUAAAAGUGCACUAAAUAUACACAACUUGGAUUAAAAAGUGGGAGGGGGGCAUUGGUUGCAUCAGAACUUGCCAAACAACUUUGUCCGCUUGACCAGACUAAUUCAGGAAAUGACUCCUAAAAAACUUGUAUCUUGUACAACUCGUGUGAUCUGUCGUAUGUAACCUGUGUAAUACAGAAGUUGGAGACAGUGCCAGCUGGACAUGAUGGCGUGCAGGUUGGCGUCUUGUCUGAUGCAAUGUGCGCACGUGCUCGCAGUUGUCAUCAGUGUGGUGUCUGCCCAGUCCUGUGCAACUCAAUGCCGAUGUGAAGGUACCACCAUGGACUGCAGUCACGGAGCUCUUCCAGCGUUCCCAACAGAUCUACUCAUACCGUCGUCAACAAAAAUCUUAUUGAUGAACGACAAUCUGAUGACAAGAGUUCCUCCAACUCCUGCCAUUCCAAACCUGCUGGAACUGAACCUGGAAGACAACUUCAUCACUGAACUGACACCGACUUCUUUCCGAUUGCGACCAAAUCUUCAGAUCCUUCGUCUUGGAGGCAAUAAGAUCAUUGAUGUCUCCAAUUCUGCUUUCGAUGGACUAUCCCAACUCGUGAAACUGUAUCUGAAUCGUAACAACAUCGAAACGAUAGAAGCGUUUGGAAGUUUGUCUGGUCCAAGUAGUUUGGAGAUGCUGGACUUACAGAGAAACAAACUCACGUCUAUAUCGAUCGGCACGUUCACAGGGAUCCCGCUGCUUACGGAGCUCAACCUGUCGUCUAACAACAUCUCGAAGAUAGAGGAUGGGAGCUUUGGUCGUCUCAAGAAGUUACGUGUCCUGUAUCUGAAUUCCAACCAAAUCCUUAAACUGACCAACGCGACAUUCUUUGGUAUGUUCUCCUUAACCCGUCUAACUUUGAGUAAUAACAAGAUACAGAAUCUGCCAGAUAUGGCCUUCAAUAGUGCCGGAUCGCUGGAGUUUCUGGACCUGACAUCUAACAGCAUCUCCACAAUUACCCAGUUAACAUUCUCUGGGUUGUUGAAUCUUACUGCUCUGUCUCUUAGUACAAAUAACAUCAGCUCUGUUGAGGACGGCGCGUUUCGAGAUCUGGUCAAACUAAACUCAUUGUCCUUGUGGGACAAUAAGCUGCUAGACAUCUCAGCGGCAACUUUUGUAGGUCUUGCUCCUGAAGAUAGAACAGACAACACAGGUCUGGAGGUGCUGUACCUCGCUGGCAAUCGCCUCACCACCAUCAGGAAGGAUGAUUUUGCCAGGCUCACAAAACUGACGUUUUUGACGCUAUUCCGCAACGAUAUUACCAAUGAGGGACUCGAAGAUGGUUCAUUCGCCAAUCUUGGGAACCUUGUCUAUCUAAGUCUUUACGCCAACUCCUUGACCAACAUUUCUGCAGCCACAUUUGAAGGGUUGGUGUCUCUGGAGUCAUUGGGUCUUGGAAACAAUCAGAUUCGAAACUACCCACCGUUUGCUUUUGCCAACAUGCCAUCUCUAACAACCAUCAACCUAUCCAGCUAUGGCUCCACCAGAUUCACCUUGCAUCCUGAUACGUUCGGCAACCUAGCGGCACUCCGUCAUCUGAAUAUUGCUGGUGUAACGAGCGUCUGGCCGGGUGUGUUUCGACACCUUCCUUGUCUCCAAACUGUGUGGAUGGGGGGCUUGCUUACCUGCGACUGUGAUAUACUUGAUCUAGCGACAUGGCUGAAUAGGACAGCCGUGACUGUUCGACCGUUUGAUACCUCGCCCAACCCUGUAGCUUGCGCGCGCCACAAUCCAAGUCACCUGAGGGGAGUACCAGUCAUGAACCUACGAGAGGAAGACUUGCGUAUGACGUGCCCAGCGACAUCCGAACCCACAACAACGCAAUCUACUGUUCAGAUCUGCCCAACACCCUCUCCUACGACUGAAGUUAUGACGUCUUCUCUUGCCACAACUCCGAAACCAACAACACCCCUUCCCUCGUCCUUUAAAACUGCACAACCAGGAACCUGCCCCGGCCCACAGGACGUCACCAUCCAAAACGUACAGGAAUCUCGUACCGACAUUCAGUGGUCUCACGGAGGUAAAGCCGUUAGUACGGACCUGACAGGAUUCGCCAUUCAGUACCAAAUCUUUGGUCACCAGUCGUGGAUGACAACACAAGAGAUUCACUCGCGUGGCCGUUACUUCACCAUAAAUGAUCUCCUUCCUGACACGCCCUACCAAGCCUGUGUGGCCGUUCUCUGCAAGGAUGAGCUGAUACAGCCAGGACUGGACCACUGUGUGUCAUUUACAACGAAAAGCCCAUCUUCUGCGACAUCUCAGCUAUCACAGACAACAAUAGUAGGCUUGGCCGUUGGCAUCCCCUCCUUGCUCAUUAUCCUAGGCCUUUUGGCAGCAGUCUUCUGGAAGAUGAGAGGGCGAUCCUCUUCGGAUCAUGACGCCGGUUACACACCUGAACGCCCUUACCGCCAGGAUCAAACCAGCACUGGCGGUGCAGUUGGUUAUCAGGGAAAUGAGUACCAAACCUCAGAUGAGCACGCAGCUGGCGGUUUUACCAACGACUCGUAUCAGGACUUCGGCAAAGAUGCGGACAUGCUGAACUCAACAGGAACAGACGAUGGUCACUAUGCAUCCAUUCCUGGUUUGAGUCAGAACCCAACAUUCUCUUCAAGCUCAUUCAAGAACCCUGCGUACGCUCCGUGAAAGUAUGAACGACAACAUCUAUAGUACAGUCGACGGCAACUCACUUCAAGACGUAG